AUUAAAUCUAAAGUACGUUUUCCGGAUAUUUUUCUUUUCAAAACAGUAGAGAUCCUGAGGCUGAUUCGUGAAAUCUGUGCUCAUAGCACACCGAGAAGCACUGGAAAGCACUGGAAAGCACUGGAAACAGACCAUGUGUGUGAAUGUUCAAACUGAUGCAAGACCUUUCACGAUGAUCAGUCCCAUACUGCACAGACCAGUGGCACCGUAUGAUAUACAGUUAUAGCUUUAUUGGACAAGUGACACAAUCAUGAUCUGGUGUUGGAGCUUGCUGUUUGGUAUUUUCUUCAAUAUUUUGAAAGCGUCAAUGUCAAGUGUACCUAGGAUGACGUUCCCUAUAGCUUGCAUGCAUGAUGCUGCUGAUGUGAUCAGUUUAAAUAAGAAGGAGGACGUAAGGUUAACUGUUGUCCACCAUACACAGAGCUGGAUGAUGGUGCUAAACCGCUAUAGACAGAGAUGUGAAGAGAAGUCAUGCAACACAAGAACAAGUGUUAUCUGCCAAAAAACAUUUGAUAUGUCUCGAUUAUUGAAGAGGAAUACAAAGCUGUACAUUAAAGUGAAGCUGGAACAAAACAUCCACUAUUCCUGCCCAUUCACAUACUUGUUAUAUUCUGGAAAUAGCAUCCAACCCAUUAAGGUGAUACAAUGCUGGGAGCCAUUCAGCAGAACUUUACAUUGGCCAGAUACCAAUUUCACAUUAGGGGUAAAGUUCAACCUCCACAAAGCAGGGAUCAACCUCACUGACACAAACAUUUUUCUACGGGCAGGCACCUGUCGCAACUGCUUCAAAAUGGAACUCCCAAUAGCGGGAAAUAUUUUGGAAAAAACAUGGCAGGUAAAUCUGCCUAUAGAAUGUGCCACGAGGGCGUGUCUGGAGUACAAACCUUUUUUCUACACCAUCCAAGCCUUCAGCGGCUUGUAUAUCAAUGAACCAUCCCAGGCCCCAUGUUACGUGACGUUUGAUAUCAUGGACGACUCCAGUCGAGGAGCGAGGGUGACAACGUGUCUACGGUUGUCUCCAAAGAAAUAUGGUGUUCUUCCCUAUGAUAAUAAAUUAUUACUUGUUCUUAAACUUGAUGCUGUGACUUACAUGGAGUUUACUACUGGUGGUUUAGAUGAUUGGCUCUGUAACAGGAGUAGACUACUGGUGGUUUAGAUGAUUGUCUCUGUUACAGGAGUUGACUACUGGUGGUUUAGAUGAUUGNCUCUGUUACAGGAGUUUACUACUGGUGGUUUAGAUGAUUGUCUCUAUAACAGGAGUAGACUACUGGUGGUUUAGAUGAUUGUCUCUAUAACAGGAGUAGACUACUGGUGGUUUAGAUGAUUGUCUCAAAACAGGAGUAGA